UACCGCUGCGGGGUCAACCUCAUUGGCCAUCCGCGAGCUCAAGUGCAAGAUUGCGCUCGGUCGUGCUCUACAAAGACGCUAGUCGGCUCGAAUCUUGGCGGUCUCGCUCCGAAUAAGAGCAGCUUCCCGCUUGUGUGACAGCCAAAGCAAAAAAAAAACUUGCAAAUCGUCACAAUGGCGACGCUCAACGUCAAAGAUGCGCUCUCCUACCUGGACCAGGUCAAGGUCCAGUUUGCGGAGCAGCCAGAUGUGUAUAACCGCUUCCUUGACAUCAUGAAGGACUUCAAGUCCCAAAGCAUCGAUACGCCCGGUGUCAUCGAGCGCGUAUCCACCCUCUUCCGUGGGCAUCCAUCCCUGAUCCAAGGCUUUAACACCUUCCUACCACCUGGAUACCGGAUUGAAUGUUCUCUAGACCCCGGUGACAACAACCUCAUCACCGUCACGACACCCACCGGCACCACCACGCAAACCCCCGGCGGUGUUGGCAUCGCAGGCGCAAUUAACCGGCUCAACACAGCCCCCGCUGGGAGCAACGUCGCCGGUGCUCCCGCUGCUGCCAGCGUCGGUGCAGGACCCAACAGCUCGCCUGCCGCUCCUGGCAGGGGUAGCAUCAGCCAUGAGGCAGGGCUUGCCAGUGCGUCCGGCGUGCCGUUUACGCCGAGUGGGCACGGUAUGCAGCCGUCCAUGUCGGUCGGUGGGUUUUCUAGCACGAGUACCCAAGGGAUACCUAAUGGUAUCCCCGGUCUCGGUGGUUCCAAUGCCCCUGCGACGCCUGGCGCAACGGCUGGUGCAGGCGUGCUCUCUCACGGCGGAGCCGGCAUGGGUGGCCUCGGCGACCCGCGCCGACCGCCGGUGGAGUUCAACCACGCCAUCAACUAUGUUAACAAGAUAAAGCAACGCUUCAGCAACGAUCCCGAGACGUACAAGCAGUUCCUCGAGAUCCUGCAGACAUAUCAGAAGGAACAGCGACCGAUACAGGAUGUCUACGCUGAAGUGACUAUCCUGUUCGACAAGGCGAAAGACCUGCUCGAGGAGUUCAAGCAGUUCUUGCCCGAUACGAGCGCCAACGCGCAGCCACAGCAAGGCGGCCUUUUCGGUGCGGUGACGCAAGCAACACAGGUGGGUGGGCAGCCGAGCGUCAUGGGGCACAGCACCAUCGGGCCCCUCGAUGGCGCCGGCGCUGCACUUGGUGGGCUGGGCGGUGCGACUGCGCCAUCUCCCGCUAUCGUGCCACCAAGGGGCAAGAUCGGCGCGGCAGGCACUGCUACAGCGGCAGGCGCGCCAUCCGCUAAGAGCAAGAAGCGUUCUGCUGCAGCCGCUGCUGCCUCCGUUGCGGGAGAGGCCGGCGUCGCUCCCGGCGGCAGAGCCCAGGCUGCCGGCGCAGCCAAGUCCAAAAAGAGCAAGCAUCAUCAUAAGUCGACGGCAGCAGCUGCAGCUGCAGCUGCAGCUGCAGCGGCAGCAGCGGCAGACUCAGCACCACUCUCGCAGCAGCAACAACAACACCAGCAACACCAGCAGCAACACCAGCUACAACAACAACAACAACAACAACAGCAGCAGCAGCAGCAGCAGCAGCAACAGCAGCAGAUGCAAAUGCAGAUGCAAAUGCACUCGCCGCAGCUCGCCGGUAGCGCCGGCGCGGAGCAGCCGAUCGGCAUGCCGCACGUCCAGAUGCAGGCUUACGUCGGGCCGGACGGGACGGUGAUCCAUGCGGACACGGCCGCCGCUGCUGGCCUCCUACCUGCGGUCGGGCCGAUGGGCAUGCCUCUUGCUCCUGGCCAGGUGGCACUCGCAUCGCUCGACGAGGUCGCCUUCUUCGAUCGCAUCAAGAAGCACAUCGACGACCGCGGGACAUACCUCGAGUUUCUCAAACUGCUCAACCUCUUCACGCAAGACAUCAUCGAUGUGCGCACGCUCAUCGAUCGCGCCGCGCUCUUCAUCGGCAACCACCGCGAGCUAUUUGCCACGCUCAAGACGCUCUGCGGCUAUGACAUGGGCAAGCACGGCUGGCUCGAGAACGAGGACCCCAUCAUCGAGAAUGUCCCAGCGUUGCAGCGCGAGCGGAUCGACCUGAACACGUGCAAGCAGUACGGCGCCAGCUACCGCAAGCUUCCCAAGUACGAGAUCAAUCUCGCCUGCUCUGGGCGCGACCCCAUGUGCUGGGAGGUGCUGAACGACGUCUGGGUCAGCCACCCGACGUGGGCGAGCGAGGGCGAGAGUUUCAACCCGCACAAGAAGAACAUCUACGAGGAUGCGCUGUACCGCUCAGAGGAAGAGCGGCACGAGUACGACUACCACAUCGAAGCGAAUCUGCGCACCAUCGCUCUGCUCGAGCCUAUCGCCGCGCGCAUCAGCACCAUGGACAAUGAAGAGCGCGCCGCGUUCAGGCUCAAGCCUGGCCUUGGCGGCCAGAGCAAAAGCAUCUAUCAGCGCGUCAUCAAGAAGGUCUACGGUCGCGAUCACGGCCUGGAAGUAAUCUCAGCCUUGCACGAUAACCCGUGCAUCGCCGUCCCCGUCGUGCUGCAGCGGCUUAAGCAGAAGGACGAGGAGUGGAAGCGCGCCCAGCGCGAGUGGAACAAGGUCUGGCGCGAGGUGGACGCGCGCAACUACUACAAGAGUCUCGACCAUCAGGGCAUCCACUUCAAGACGACCGAUAAGAAGGCCAUCACGUCCAAAGCCUUUGUCGCCGAGAUUGAAGCGCGCCGCACACAGCAGCAGCAGCGCAGGCUCAACAUUGACCCGAGUCUCCCACGCGCACGCCCGCGAUACCAGCUAGCGUACGUGCUCGACGACGUGCAGGUCCUCACCGACGUGCUCAAGCUCGCGUUCAGCUUCCUUGACCGCGCCAACUUCUCCCGCGCAGACGCCGACCGCAUCGAGACGUUCCUGCGCGCCUUUGUCCCCAACCUGAUGCAGCUCCACGGCAAGGAGCUCGAACAGCUUCUCGCAGGCGACGAGGACGACGAUAACAUGGACGACGAUGAUGCCGCCAGCGAAGGCACCGCCAGCGGCGUCGACGAUGACUCGGACAGCGUCAUCGGCGGCAGUGGCGCCCCAAGCGCUGCAGGCGCUGGCGCUGUUGCUGCAACUGCUACUGGUUCUUCGGCUGCGUCGACAGUCGGCAGCGCGAGCGUCAGCAGGCGAGGCGGCACCAAUCCCAGCCGGAAGCAGCAGGCUGAUCUGCGCCGCAGAUUGCUCAAGAGCCAGGCCGAGUCUUCGGGAGCGGCGAAAGAGGCCCCCGUAGCGGAUGAAGCAUUGACUCCUUCGGCUGCCACUGGUGCAGAGGGUGGCGAUGCUGCCACGAACGGCACAGCGAACGCGGACGCGAAUACAAAUGCAAAUGAAGCCGAUACCGAGAUGACUGAUGUGAAUGCUACCGUUUGCAAAAAUGCGGCUGCAGAGGCCGGACAGGAGGAGACGGAGUCGUCAAAAGACAAGCCUGCUGCGAGCGAUAGCGCUUCGUUCUCCUCUUGGAUCCAGGCCGACUUGAAUCAAACGUUCGACUCUAUAAACGAAAAGGGGGCACAACCCAAUGGAGCUGAUGCAGCAGCUGCGGCUUCUGCUGCUGCCAUCGAUGGCCCCGCUCGGCACCCGACUGCCGGCGUGCGCAAGCAGAACUUCUUCUGCAACACGAGCUUCUACGUUUUCAUUCGAUUAUUGCAGAUCCUUUACGCACGCCUGCACAAGAUGAAGACUAUCGCGGCCGAGAAGGCGGAACAGCACCCUUCCAAGCAGCGCGUCAACCCGAUCGCGGUGGAACUCGGCCUACAGGACGUCUCGAGCGGUCCUGCAGCCAUCGUCGGCGUUGCUGCUGCGCAUGCCGGUGUCAAUGGUGCAGAAGAGAGCGGUCUGUACCUUCAUCCGGCGCGGUAUUACGACACGCUGCUCGACCUCUGCGAGAAGCUCUUUGAUAGCGACCUGGACCAGGCUACUUUCGAGGAGAGUGUGCGGUAUAUGUACGGCAUCGAUGGUUAUGUCAUCUUUACCAUUGACAAGGUUGUCAGCGCCUUCGUCAAGGCUGCGCAAGGUUUGAUGACAGAGCAACGAGGCCAGGAACUACUUGCCCUCUUCGACCGCGACCGUUUGCGCACAUACGAUGAGGUGACCGGCUACAAGCAGCAGAUCGAGAAUCGCAUGGCGGCCGAGGCUAUCAUCGGCAAGGACGAGAAUCUGUUCCGGGUGGAGUGGAUCCCGCCGAGCAGCACGAUGCUCAUUCAGAUGCUCAGUAAGGACGACUUGACGCUCGACGACCCGGCUACCGCGGAGCAGAAGUGGCUGUACUACAUGUCGAGCUACUGCCUGUGGCAGCCGACGGAAGGCCUGCCCGGCGAGACAUACGCGCCUUUCCUCAAGAGAUCCAUAGCGCCCAAUGCGGAAGCCGAGCUCGAGGACCAAGACGUGCGCUUCACGAUCAAGACGGGUCUGGAGAUCAAGGUAGGUCGCCUCUCCUUCGUCUGCUGCCAAUCGCCUUUCUGCUUUACGCCCCGCUGACGCGCAUCCCUGCCCACCCCUCGGUGCUGCGGCUCUGACAGAUCUGCAUCCGAACAUACCGCCUGUUUUUUGUUCAAGACACGGAGGAUGUCUUUGUGCGGCAUCGCAAAGCCGACGAACUGGAAGUUCUCGAGAAGAAAGGCGCAGAGCAGCGUAAGAACAAACUCGACAGGUUCAAUAGCUGGCUCGCUGGAGCACAUACUGCAGCCGCGUCUGCGGUUGCUCCUGCUGCGAACGCCGGUGCAGGUGCAGGUGUUGCGAGCGCUGGUGGCAAGAAAUGAGCAUCGAUCGUUGAUCAAUCGUGGGUUCGACUCAGCUCGGCCAUGUCGGGAAUGGUGCGGAGGACAUGAUAUAUGAUAUCCGUGUACAAACAAAAAGUACGAAUACAAGCAGAGAGUUGAAUCGAAAUUAUGCUUCCUUGCUGAGUCGUACUUGGCAGCCAUCAGGCAUGAGCG